ACGUCUAUCACGAAUUCACGAGGCAUUCAAUAUCGCUAGCAUCGCCGCCGCCGGUCUCAUGGCUUCCCGACACCACCGUCGCUGCCACCGCAACCUCCACUAAUGGCGUCGCUGCUGUUUCCUCCACCUCCAAUACAGGCGCUGCUGCCUUCUUCACCUGCACCAGUGGUGCCGCCACCUCCAGUACCAGCGCCGGCGCCGCCGCUGCCUCCACUGCCCAAAUCUCGUCCAGGAAAGGAAUGGUAGGUGGCUACCUGUCUCCUUCAGAUCUCCCGCAGAUGGCCUGGUCUCCGCGGUAGACCAUCUGCCGGUGUCGAGGAAACCGUUGCUGCAGCGGUUCAUGGAGAAGCGCAAGUGGCGUCGGAUUUGGUUGGGAUUUGGAGGACCCGGGGUUCCGUGGUUGUUCCUCUACGGCAAAGAUGGGAUUUUCUUCUCUGAUGUGCGCGCGGCACCGCGGACGUGCUGAUUAAAGAGGAAAAGGCGUCCUCAUCAACAGCUAAGCGGAAGGUCUCUGAUGUGAAGCAGGCAAAUGCACCAGUGAUGUCGAUGCAUUCACUGGCAUCACUAUUGCCACUGCCACCUUCUGGCGCCGGUGCUGACUUGUCAAGCCACGAAGCCAUACGCCUCUAUUCUCCCGAUCGACCGACAAGAUUUUCCUUGUUCAUUGUUCCUCAACUGCCGAGUUCCUCUGUGGUGUCGCCCACAGCUGCUGCUGCCACCCCUGCAAAUCAGGAUCAGUGACACGGUGACUCAUCCACAGCUGCUGCUACCACCCUUGCAGGUCGGGUUCAGCGACACAUUGAAGCGAAGGCUAAGAGGAAGCAACAGAUCAAAGGGGGGACGACAUCCUUAUCAAUGGCUAAGCAAAAGGACCCUGCUAUGAAGCAAGCAAAUGCAUUGCCAUCAAAGCGGUUGAAGUCGCCAGUUGUAACCAUGUCACCACUUAUACCAGCAAGGUCAAUAGGCGUGAAAAUGUUGUUAUCUGCCAACCUCAGCUCACCAACAGUGAUAGUGUCGUCACAAGGGACAGCAAGCUCGAAAUCACAAUCGCCGAUAUCUCCUUUUCUCGGAAAAAGAACUACUGCUGCUGCUGGAUCUUCACAUAGAAGUAAAAGACGCAAACUUACCUCACAUAUAUGGCAGCAUUUUGAGGCAAUAUAUGAUAAUGAUAUCUUAGUAGAAGCUCAAUGCAUUCAUUUCAACCAAGUGUUCAAAGCAACCAGAGAUGUUGGUACAAGUGCAUGUGGUAGACACAUCAAAGUUUGUGAGGGAAAGGCUAGGUUAGAAGAAAUGGUCUCUCAACUGAGUUCAACCGUGCCCUUAACUGAUGCUUCCUUGAAAAAUUGGAAAUUUGAUCAACAAGUAGCUCGCCAAGAAUUAGUGAACUUAAUAGUGAUGCAUGAGUUGCCUUUCAGUCUGGUAGAGUAUCCAAAGUUCAGAACAUUUGUGGCUGCUCUAAAUCCGUGGUUCAAACAAGUUUCUAGAACCACUAUUAGGUCUGACUGCAUUAGUUCAUAUGAGGAAGGAAAAAUAGUCCUACGGCAUGUGCUACAAAAUUCGGUCUCUAGGGUUUCUCUUACUGCUGAUUUAUGGACCUCAAACCAAACAUUGGGCUAUUUAUGUGUGACUUGUCACUACAUUAGUGAGAACUGGAAGAUACAUAAGAAGAUCAUAAAGUUCGCUUUAGUUGAGACCUCGCAUGAUGGUUGGAACCUAUUCAAUACUAUGUUGGAAACCUUGCAAGAUUGGAAUCUAGAAAGCAAACUUUUUGCUAUCACAUUGGAUAAUGCAUCAGUAAAUAAUAACUUUGUGACAACUUUAAAAGAAAACCUUGUCUCAAAGGGUCAACUCCUUCGCAAAGGGAAGUUGUUUCAUUGUCGUUGUGCAGCCCAUGUGUUUAAUCUCAUCGUCCAAGAAGGUUUUAAGGCCAUAAGUAGUGCUACCAAGAACAUUAGAGAGAGUGUUAGAUAUGUGAAAAGCUCACAAGCUCGCAAACAAAGGUUUGAACUUAUGGUUGAGAAAUGUUCUAUUCCUGUUGAGAAACGCCCUCCACUCGAUGUUGUCACCAGGUGGAAUUCAACUUACCAUAUGCUUGUGACAUCUUUGAAGUAUAGGAGAGCAUAUGAAGCUUUAAGGCAAAAUGACCCACAGUACAUACAUGAGCCUUCGACUGAGGAUUGGAAGUUGGCAAAGAAGCUUUGUACCUUGUUAGAACCAUUUUAUGAUGCCACUAUGAAAGUAUCUGGCUCAAAUUAUCCAACUUCAAUUCACUACUUUCAUCAAAUCUGGGAGGUAAAGAAAGAUUUAGAUAAAGAAGCCUCAAAUUCUGAGUUGGUUAUAAGAACAAUGGUUCAUGAGAUGAAGCAAAAAUUGAAGAAGUAUUGGGAUUUGUCGUAUUUAAAUAUCUGCAUUCCUAUUAUUCUUGAUCCUCGUUUUAAGUUGAAAUUUCUAGAGUUUCGCUUAAAGGAAGGAUUUGGGAUAGAAGCAUUCAGAUAUCUAUCUAAAGUGGAGAUGACAUUUAGAAAACUAUUUGCUGAAUAUUCCUUAAAAGUUGGUGACUCAGUCAUUGCGGAGGAACAUAGUGUCAGUAAUGUUGAGCUGAAUGAGUUAGACCCAUGGGCAGAUUGGGCCCAACAUCAAAGUGCUCAGAGAAAAAAAAGUUAAUGAGUUGGAUCAGUACUUCGAAGAAGAAAAAGUGCCUGUGACAGUUGAUCUAGAUAUCUUGCAGUAUUGGAAGAUACACUCAACAAGAUAUCCAGUACUUGGAUGCAUGGCACGUGAUGUUUUAGCUAUACCUGCAUCCACAGUGGCCUCAGAGUCUGCAUUUUCUACCGGAGAGAGAAUAGUGAGUGAUUAUAGAAGCAGGCUCAAGAGUGAAACAAUUGAAGCUCUCAUUUGUCUUCAGGAUUGGUUAAGAUCGGAGGAUAGCACGCAUGAUAAUAUAGCUGGAAUUAUAGCUGCGGAUGAUGAAGAUUGUAUUUAGAUAGAAGAAACAUUGAACAAGCUACAAACUUGCUAUAGACUUUCAAGAACAAGUCGUAGAUGCCUACAGUAGGUGUGGCAAUGGUGCCUUUGAGGACCUCAGGGAAGCUAAUAGGCUUUUAGAGCAGCUCAACAAGAAGGCACAAGGAUUGCCUCAUGCAGUAUUUCCUGCAUAUUCGUACAUGUGCAGCCUAUGUGUUCAAUCAUGCACAAGGAUGAUGAUCCUUCUGAAGAAUUUAGGCCCUGUUCGGAAUGUGGGAUGUUUUACCUGUUUCUAUGUUUUUAUGUGAAAUUAAACUGAUUUCUGUGAAUUCCCUGCAUUCCAAAUGGGUCCUAAAUACAUCUACAGAGCUCUAUUUUGGGCAUCUGGAAAAUUACAUUUUGGUUUUCUGAGUUCCA